UUUUUUUGUUUCCAUUUCCUGUUCUGCUUGUCAUCAAAAAUCUUCGUAGUUUUUUGCGCUAUCUGAUAAUGAGAAAGAAGAAAGUAUUCGUCUGCGAUCAUUAAUGAAUAAUUUUUUCGAAUUCUCUUCGUCAGUUGAACUUAAAGUUUCGUAAAGCAAUCUCGAGUCGAUAUUCGUUCGGUUUCAUCGACUGUUUUGAAAGUUGACUUUUAUUCUUUUCACUCGUACUCGCGGUUAUCAAAGCAGAAAUAUGGUUGAUACGACGGCAGAUGCGACUAGAAGAUUAAAUGUUAAGAAACAGACUUUGGAUGAUGCGUAUGCUGCUCCAGCCAAUUUCUUGGAAAUAGACGUAAUUAAUCCCAUCACACACGGAGUCGCCAAAAAGCGCUACACGGAUUACGAAAUUCGAAUGAAGACAAAUUUACCAGUUUUCAAAGUGAAAGAAUCGAGUGUUCGUCGAAGAUACAGCGAUUUCGAAUGGCUACGAUCUGAACUGGAAAGAGAUAGUAAAAUUGUCGUACCACCUUUACCGGGAAAAGCUUGGAAAAGACAGAUGCCAUUUAGAGGCGAUGACGGAAUAUUCGAAGAAGACUUUAUCGAAGAACGUAGAAAAGGAUUAGAGAGUUUCGUUAACAAAGUUGCAGGACAUCCGCUAGCCCAAAAUGAAAGAUGUUUACACAUGUUUUUGCACGAAUCAGUUAUCGAUAAAAAUUACGUACCGGGUAAAAUACGAACCACUUCUUAAAACCGUAUAGAAUUUUAAUUGAAACAGUUUCCCAAUCCUUAAUAAUUUUAUAUACGUACAUUUUAUAUUCUGUUUUGAUUGCAAUGUUCGAUUUGGAUUUUUUUGUAUUAUUUUUCUUCUUUUUUUUCUCCAUGUCAAACAUAUAAAAUUAUUUACACGCUAUGUAUGUAUACAUUUUAAACGUACUUUUAUUUUUAUCAUUUUGUUAGUUAAUCCGAAAAAAGACGCCUUAGUAUUGUUUUUCAAUUUUAUCAUGUUUAUGUAUCUUUUAAAACAGAUUGAAUUUUAUCUCACACAUUUCGCAUAUGUACGCUGUUUUUUCGAGUCGAUCCAGUUACUGAGAAAUUUAAAUCAGAAAUCGUCAAGAUUCGUAACAAACAAAAUGUGCCCAUUUUGGAAUUGAUAUCGUUUAGCAAUUUUGUAUGUUUCGUUUAUAAAAUUUAUUAUUAUUAUGUGAUUUUUAUUAUUAUUUUUUCAUUCCGUUUUAAUACAUACUGAAUUUAAAAAAUGAAAAAAAUAACGCGAUAUUUUAGCCAAUUUUUGAGCAUUUUUUUAAAAAUCGAAUUUUCAUCCGUCGUCGUGAUAUUUUAUGCGUGCUUGGCGCGUAUUGCUAUUUCACGAGUUGUGUAAUUAUAUUCUUGUUUGCAUUAAGAAUGCUGUAUUUUAAUUGUUUUCUUAUUCGUAUUAUUAAUGUACUUCACUCUAUCAUUAUUUUAUUUAUUAUUUUAAAUUAUCGAAGAUAAUUAUUUCUUUAUUUUUUUUUUGUUACGAAAAUAUUUAAUUUACCUUUGUUAUUGUAUAUGUAUACAUGUUAGUUGAAAUUUGAAUCGACUCUAGAGUGUUGGAAUAUGAAACAUAAAAGUUAAGUAAUAUAAAAUCACAUGUAUUUCAAUACCAUUUUAAAGCCAUCUUUAAUCGUAUACUUUAUGACAAACGAUCGAUAUAUAAGUUGUAUGAAAUCUCAUUGUAUAUUAAUUUAUUUAUUUACUACUAUUAAGAAAAGUUGAGUAAAAAGUUCA